AGUUUGUCGCUCGAAAUGGACCCGAGUUUGAGAAGAUGACCAUGGACAAGCAGAAGGACAACCCCAAGUUCUCGUUCCUCUUCGGAGGGGAAUAUUUCAGCUAUUACAAGUACAAGUUGGCAAAUGAAAAGCAACAACGUACGAGAAUCAACAAGCAAAACACAUGAACCGUAAUGAGUACAUUCAGUGACAGAUUCUUCAAGUCACGAUGAUGAAUAUAAAAUGGAAGAACAUGAAUGAAGAUAUUUAGGAGAAUGUUUCAUGUUUCAAGUGAAUAGGUGCCAACAUUUUGAAGUGCCACAAUAAUAAAUGUACUCCAGAUGAAUCUGGUGGUUAAAUCAAUAUCUUCAGAAGUGAUAUGAUAGGUGUGGUGCCUGAAGAGAUGGAUUAAACCGCUGGAGUCGUAUGGAUUACUUUUAUCCUCCCUAUAUGUGGAUUUUGGAGCUUCAAAAUUUUGGCACCCAUUCACUUGCAUUGUGAGGACCAACAGAGCUGAAAUAUACUUCUAAAAAUCUUCAUUAGAGUUCUGGAGAAGAAAGAAAGUCAUGCACAUAUGGGAUGCCAUGAGGCAGUGCUCUGCGGGUCAUCAGCAGCUACAGAUGUUCCAGAAGUUCCCCCAGCAAUGUCGAAUAUUCCUCCUCCACCGAUCCCUCCUAGCACCCCUUCCAUGGAGGAACUGAUCCAGCAGAGCCGGUGGAACCUGCAGCAGCAGGAACAACAUCUGCUGAGCCGUAGACAGGAGCAGGUGGCAGCUGCGAUCUCUCUGGCGAUGGAGCAACAGAUGCAAAAACUGUUGGUAGAAACACAACUGGACACAAAUGAAUUUGACAACCUGCUUCAGCCGAUCAUAGACACCUGCACGAAAGAUGCCAUCUCGGCCGGAAAGAACUGGAUGUUUAAUAACGCUAAGACACCACAGCACUGUGAGCUGUUGGCAUCUCACCUCAGAAACCGCAUCAUUGCAGAUGACGCACACUUUGAGCUCCGCCUACAUCUAAUUUAUCUAACCAAUGACGUCCUGCAUCACUGUCAGAGGAAGAAUCAGAAAGAUCUUUUGGCGGCUCUACAGAAGGUCGUGGUUCCCAUUUACUGCACCAGUUUUCUGGCUGUGGAAGAGGACAAACAGCAGAAAAUCACACGGUUACUGCAGUUGUGGGAGAGGAACAGCUACUUCGAUGACAUCACCAUUCAGCAGCUUCAAAGUCCAGCUCUGGGUCUCGGACAGUAUCAGGCGUCGCUAAUUACAGAGUAUGCUCCAGUAGUGCAUCCCGUCCAGAUGGCAUUCCAGCAGCAGAUUCAGGCACUGAAGACGCAGCAUGUGGAGUUUGUAGCCAAUCUGAAGCAACAGCAGAAUGUGACGUCUGUAGCAGCCGUGGCUGCGGUUGGACAGUUAGCUCCUCCAGACACUGAAGUGAAGUCCCAAAUGCCCAUGACCUCUCAGACGGGAGACUUGAAUCAUCCAAUGGCUGGUCCUCCUGGUGAAUAUGAUAGUGCUCAGAACAAACCACUAGACUCAAGCCCUUCAGCCCCCUCUGAAAUUGAGGGACCCACUAAACUGGGUUGGUUCGACCCGCAGCACAACAUUCCAUGGAACCCACAACAGCCCCCGCCAUUUGACCCCACUCAAGCCCCACCACCCCCGUGUCCACCCUGGAACAACCAUGAGGGCAUGUGGAACGAGCAGAGGGACCCAGGCUGGAGAAGCCCUCGUGACGGUGGCCCCGGAGGCCCCUGGAGCGCCCAGAUCGAGCGUCCACCCUCCUGGAGCAGCCAGUUUGAUCAACCACCAUGGAGCAACCAGCCAGAUCAACCCCCGCCAUGGGGCCAGAGGGAACCUCCGUUCCACAUGCAGCAUCCGCCACACUUCCGCGGGCCAUUUCCUCCUCAUCAACAGCCACCGUUUAACCAGCACCCGCCCCCUCAUAAUUUCGGCCGCUUCCCGCCGCGAUUCAUGCAGGACGAGUUUCCGCCCCGACAUUACUUUGACCAUCCCCCGUAUCCUCCACACCAAUUUGACUACCCACAAGGAGACUUCCCAGCAGAGCUCGGUCCACCUCCUCAUCAUCACCCCCCCAAUCAAAGGAUUCCUCCUCCAGGAUUGUCUGAACCUCCUCCAUGGGGCGUUAACCAGCACCCUGAUUUCGGCCCCCCUCCUCAUGGGUUUAACGGUCAGGCUCCUCACAUGAGACGACAGAACCCGGCUCAUGUCAAUCAGGAUGACCCCAGUCUCGUCCCAAACGUUCCCUAUUUCGAUCUUCCCGCAGGACUCAUGGCACCACUGGUGAAGCUUGAAGAUCAUGACUACAAGCCUCUGGACCCCAAAGACAUUCGUCUGCCUCCCCCAAUGCCGCCUAGUGACCGUCUUCUGGCUGCUGUAAAGGCGUUUUACAGCCCUCCAUCUCACGACAGACCCAGAAACAGUGAGGGUUGGGAACAGAACGGACUGUACGAGUUCUUCAGAGCCAAAAUGAGAGCGAGGCGAAAAAAAGAACAAGACAAACGCAACAGCACUCGAGGGAGUCACUCUCACAGUCGGUCGCACAGUCAAGGGCGAUCCUCAUCACGCUCCAGUUCCAGAUCUUCAAAAUCCUCCCGCUCCAGGUCCCACUCCAGAUCCCGCUCUCGAUCCCGCUCUUACUCCAGAUCUCGCUCAAGGACCCACAGUCACUCCCGCUCCAGAUCCCGAAGCCGUUCCCGCUCCAGAUCACACUCUCCAGAAAAGAAGUGCCAAGCCACAAAAUCCCGCAGUCCUACAUCACCCUCCACAUCUGGUUUGGGUUCAGGCCUGGUGACGGUACCUGUUGACCUCAGGUUGGGAGAGGAGAACAAGGGUCAUCAGAUGCUCAUGAAAAUGGGCUGGAGUGGUUCAGGAGGGCUUGGGGCUAAAGAACAGGGCAUUCAAGACCCCAUCAAAGGAGGAGACAUUCGGGAUAAGUGGGACCAGUACAAAGGAGUGGGAGUGGCGCUGGAUGACCCAUAUGUUAAUUAUAGACGAAACAAAAGCUACAAUUUUGUCGCAAGAAUGAAAGCGCGAGAGAAAGUUGGCAACGACCCGCAGGAGCCGCCAAGCACAGAAUGAUUGGCAUCAAUCAAACAGCUCUAUUUUUACUGUAGAUGACAUUAAGCGGUUUUAUUUAAAAUUUUUUCAUAGUAAAAUUAUCACAGAUCACAUUGUAGAUCAAUGAAAAUGUCAGAAUAACCACAACAGUUGAGGUGCAUUUGACUUGCCCUCAAUCUGAGACUCCGUACAAGGAAAAUAAAGACAUUUUAACAACUGGAACUGUGCUUAUGUAAUUGUUUCUUGUCUUGUGUAAGGACUGCAUCAACGAACAGUUAAAGAAAAAUACUAUUUUAAUUUGGCACGUUAUGGCAUGAACAUUACUUCAGUACGUUUUGGCUGAACGAGGUCUCUGGACAGUUCAUUUAUAA